UGAGAGGGGGGGGUAUUUGGAAGGUGUUCUUAAUGUUUUGUACACUCAGUGUUUAUCACAAAUAUAAAAGACAAAAAAUGUAUGUAGCAAUCACAGAUUGCCCCUUUAAUAUUCAACAUUCAUUAUUCAUUGCUUGCAUUCAUGUUAGCACUGUCCCGGAGGAUUACAAAGCUCGGCCAUGGACUAGUCCUCAUGGUUUAUAUAAGAAACCCCAUUUAUUUCACGACAAAUCUUUCACUUUUAGUGUAUAUAUUUACUUAUUUUGGGGGGGGGGAUUAUAAUCCUGCAUGGAAAGAGGAAUCAGAUAUUCAAAGUAUUAAAAAUGACUUUAGAUUUAAUGAUUUACAAAGCAAAAGACCACGAACAUAAGUUAAACUAAUGACCCAAUGACCCUGCCUCGCCCUCUGAGACAUAACAGCAGUUAUCUAGUAACAACAUCCCAUCUGUUUAAGGGAUUAAAAGCUCCCAUCCAGAGUCAGGAUGGAAGUGUGUUUUGACUUGUGACCGCGUGUGCUGUACCUUUUUUCAUUUCAAGGAUUAUGAGGCAGGUAGCUAAGUGGUCAAUGCCUCGCAGAGAUCACUGAUAAGGUUGGAGGGGUUCACCUAAUCCCCGUUGAGCACAUGGGCAGAGGGACAGCGGUAUAAAAGUUAAUGAUGGGAGCAGUAGGCUCUUCACUGAACGCUGAACAGGUUUCCACCAAGAGACACAUACAACAGGUAAUGCUUUUUCCACUCAAUAUAUUGGGUUUCCAUUGUAUUGUUUCACUGCUGUUUUUGUGUUAAUGAGUUUUCAACUAUGGUUUUCUUCAUUUUUCUUGUCAGGUUAUUGCCACCCACCACUAUGAUGUGCUUGUUUAAAUUAACUGGAGUGUCCCUCAUCCUGUCCAUACUUCUGUAUAUCGCAGACUCUUAUCCAAACAGUGACAUGACAAACAUGGGCUGUGAAGAAUGCAAACUGAGGGAGAACAAAGUCUUCUCAAACCCGGGCGCCCCUGUCUAUCAGUGUACAGGCUGCUGCUUCUCCAGAGCUUUUCCAACCCCACUACGGUCCAAGAAAACCAUGUUGGUCCCAAAGAACAUCACCUCUGAAGCCACAUGCUGCGUUGCAAAAGAAGGGAAAAGGGUGGUGGUCGACAACAUCAAGCUGACGAAUCAUACAGAGUGUCACUGCAGCACUUGUUAUCACCAUAAGUCAUAAACUCUCUGUGAGGGCUGGAAAUCUCCUUGUUUGCAGAAGUAAAAGCUUGGCAACAGAUACUAUAUAUUUUGCACAACUCAUUCCUGAAGUUCCUUGUGUUUUAAAAGCCUAGGGCAGUCAAAAAUGUUAUUUUCCUGUGUUGUAUAUAUAUUUUCACACUACGAGGUUGGAAUAAUACUGUGAAACUGAUGAUAGUGCCCUUUUAGUGUAAGGUGUUUAAAAAGACCACCUGAAAUGUCAGCCUGUUUUGGUGGGAUGGAUUUGGGCCUGCCUGGUAAUGUCAUCAGGCGGUAAAUUAGUUAAUAGACAAAUAAGAGAAUUCCAAACCUCUCUGCCAAUAACAGCUAGUUUAAAAUGUUCCCCUUCCACUCAGACCCCUCCCAGGCAGUCCUAGCAAAUUCUUGCUUGAGAAAUUGCUCUUUGCUAAGAAGCUAUUUUUGUUUAUUUUUGACCAUUUUAAUUGAAAACAAUCACAUUAAGAUACUUAAUGGUUACACUGAAAUGAAUUGAUAUUUAGAUAAAAACAGUUGCAUUGGACCAUCAAGGGAAAUCACAUAUUAGGAAAUCAUUGUGAUCCACCAAAAGUGAUAGUCUGCUGAGAAUAUUUAUAGUGCUCUAAUGGUCACAAUUAUAUAAAGUUGUAUUCCUGUACUGUGUUGAUCAAAAAAGACUUUACUGUAUGAAUUGAAUAAUUAUUCAAAUGUCCUUAACAUGCAUAUUAUUUUUACACAUGA